AUGUUUUUCUUCGUGCCCUUUUUCUUCGGUACCCGUCGUGUUUUGGGCUCGCCGGCCAUCACUCGCUCCCCUCUCACCGCGCCAUCGAGUCGUUGGCCUCGUGCUCAUCGGCUCGGCCGUGGCCAGUCGCUCGGGUGCCGCCAGGCCAAGAAGAUCCUCAACAUCGGCUCGGUGGCGCCCAGCAAGGACGUCGUGCGCGAAGCGCAUCGGAGGUUGCUGAUCGCCAACCACCCUGACAAGGGCGGUUCCACUUACAUUGCCUCGAAGAUCAACGAGGCGAAAGAGGUGAUGUUGGGGAAGAAAUCCACCUGA